AAAGCUGCUCUAUCUAUUCACCCUCGGUGAGCGAACGCAUUUUGGUCAAAUCGAAUGUCUGAAACUGCUCGCGUCCCAUCGGUUUGCCGACAAGCGGUUGGGUUAUCUAGGCACCAUGUUACUACUAGAUGAGAACCAAGAAGUGCUGACACUGGUGACCAAUUCAUUGAAAAAGUGAGCUCCCCAUUCCAACUCGUCAUGUUGAUGCUUUCCUCUGAACGCGUUAUUAUUGCCAUGUAGUGAUCUCAACCACUCCAACCAAUAUAUUGUCGGCCUGGCCCUCUGCGCCUUAGGCAAUAUUGCCUCCGUUGAGAUGUCCCGAGAUCUGUUCACCGAAGUUGAAUCCCUCCUUUCCACCGCCAAUCCUUACAUUCGGAGAAAAGCAGCUUUGUGCGCCAUGCGCAUCUGUCGCAAAGUUCCUGACCUACAGGAGCACUUCCUGGAGAAAGCAAAAAAGCUCCUUUCUGAUAGGAACCACGGGGUUCUGCUGUGCGGGUUAACACUGGCAAUAGAUAUGUGUGAAGCGGAAGAAGCUGAGGAGGGCCAAGAAGGUGUGAUCGAGAUGUUCAGACCUCUUGCUGGCGGUCUCGUACGUGCUUUGAAGGGCCUCACCACUUCUGGAUACGCUCCUGAGCAUGAUGUCUCUGGUAUCACGGAUCCCUUCCUGCAAGUAAAGAUCCUACGCCUUCUCCGAGUCUUGGCUCGAGGCGAUGCCGCAACAAGUGAACUGGUCAAUGACAUCCUGGCUCAAGUAGCCACCAACACUGAUUCCACCAAGAACGUUGGAAACUCGAUCUUGUAUGAAGCAGUCCUUACCAUCCUUGACAUUGAAGCCGACUCGGGUCUGAGAGUUUUGGGUGUUAAUAUCCUCGGAAAAUUUCUUACCAACAAGGAUAACAACAUCCGCUACGUUGCCCUUAACACUCUGAACAAAGUUGUUGCCAUUGAACCCAACGCUGUUCAAAGACACCGUAACACCAUCUUGGAGUGUUUGCGUGACCCCGACAUUAGUAUCAGACGACGUGCUCUUGACCUCAGUUUUAUGCUCAUCAAUGAAGAUAAUGUCCGUGUUCUCGUCAGGGAGCUGCUUGCCUUCCUGGAAGUUGCCGACAACGAAUUCAAGCCGGCUAUGACCACCCAGAUCGGUAUCGCUGCUGAUCGAUACGCACCAAACAAGCGCUGGCAUGUGGACACUAUUCUCCGAGUCCUCAAGCUGGCCGGUGCCUACGUUAAGGAGCAAAUCCUGUCUUCUUUUGUCCGCCUUAUCGCAACGACCCCCGAACUGCAGACCUACUCUGUGCAAAAGCUCUACUUGUCCCUAAAGGAAGAUAUCUCCCAAGAGGGUCUUAUCCUCGCUGCCACAUGGGUUAUUGGUGAAUAUGGCGACAACCUGCUCCGUGGGGGCCAGUACGAAGAAGAGGAGUUGGUGAAGGAGGUAAAGGAGAGUGAUAUUGUUGACCUUUUCGACAACAUUCUCAACAGCACAUACGCUUCCCAAACUGUGAUCGAAUACAUUACCACAGCGUCGAUGAAGCUCACUGUGCGGAUGUCUGACCCGGCACAGGUCGAGCGUCUCCGUCGUUCCCUCAACAGCCGCACUGCCGAUCUAAGUGUCGAAAUCCAACAGCGUGCUGUGGAAUACGUGAAUUUGUUUGGCUAUGAUCAGAUCCGACGAGGUGUCCUAGAGCGGAUGCCUCCACCCGAGAUCCGCGAAGAACAGCGCGUCUUGGGACCUUCCACAAAGAAGCGCCAGAGCAAGCUUCUCAAAGACAAGUCCAAGAAACCCGCAAAGCAGGCCGAGCAGGACAUUCUUCUGGACCUCAUGGGUGGUUCCGAUGCCCCAGUGACAAGCCCAACUGCCAACGGUUCACAGAACACCGCUGACCUGCUGGCCGAUAUUCUUGGCGGAGAUUCCAGUCUUUCAUCUCCGGCACCCCAACCUGCGCAGCAACCAGCUGGAUCCAUGAACACCAGCGCUAUUAUGGACCUGUUUGGUUCUAAUGGAACAUCGCCCUCCCCUCAACCUGCCCCUGCCCCUGCAUCUCUCGACCUGCUUGGAGCAGCCGGAGCUGGCUCAGCUCCAGUCUCGACCCCUUCUCCCUCCGCUCCUGCCGCUUUCACCGCAUUCACAAAGAACGACCUCGUACUCUCUUUGCAAGUUCAGCGGGGCAGCAACAACACCGUCGCUCAAAUACAGGCGCGCUUCCGGAACGAAUCCAGCUUUGGUCGUUUCUCUGAUGUUGGAUUACAAGCCGCGGUACCCAAGAGCCAGCGACUUCAACUCAGCGCUAUCAACAAAGCCGAACUUGACGCCGGAGACGAAGGUGUUCAAAUGCUCAAGGUCACAGGUCUCAAUGGGCCUCUCCCGCCAAAGCUCCGCCUGCGCCUUCGUAUCACAUACGCAAAGGACGGCUCCCAAGCGACCACAGACCAAGUCGACUGGACCGAAUCGUGAUUGCCUUGCAGCCCAGCGCCCCCAUAAAGUACAGUGCAGUGCAGUGCAGUCCAAAGCUAGUAUAAUUCAUUCAUGUUAGAGAAUUGUUAAAAAGGAUUUACCCCCA